AUGAGCGCCAUUCCGACAACACCGCCCUCGCGCUCCCUCGCCGGCAAAUGUGCCAUCGUCACCGGCGCCGGCUGUGCUGGUGAUGGAAUUGGAAACGGGCGCGCAAUUGCCAUUUUUCUAGCCAGUGAUGGAUGCAAUGUUCUCUGCGUUGAUAAGAAUCUAGAAUGGGCUGAGAAGACAGUUUCGAUAAUUCAAGAGCACUCUCGAUCGUCGUCGCAAUAUGGCCAAGCAGUAUCGUUCCAAGCAGACGUCACCUGCGAGACCGAUUGCUCCUCCAUCAUUUCCCAAGCAAUAUCGACGUUCAAACGGGUAGAUAUAUUGAUCAACAACGUCGGUAUCGCCGGGGCACCGGGAACAGCAGUCACUGUUGACAUGGAAUCAUGGAGCAAAAGCCUCGAGGUCAAUGUCAACUCGAUGGUGCUGAUGGCGAAACACGCCAUCCCAGCCAUGCAAAAGAACAGCGGCGAAAUAAAAGGGAGUAUUGUGAACAUGGGGUCCGUUGCCGGACUAAAAGGAGGGACACCCCAUCUCCUGUAUCCGACGAGUAAGGGCGCCGUUGUGAAUAUGACUCGUGCCAUGGCGGCGCAUCAUGCAGAAGAUGGAAUACGGGUUAAUUGUGUUUGCCCGGGAAUGCUUUACACGCCCAUGAUGUACGCGUCCGGUAACGGGAUGAGCGAAGAAGCACGUGAAGCCCGUCGGAGACGCAGUCUGCUAGGAACAGAGGGCAAUGGAUGGGAUUGCGCAACAGCGGUGGUCUUCCUCGCUGGACCUCAUGCGCGGUGGAUUACCGGUGCGAUUCUUCCUGUGGACGCAGGGACGACGGCGGCCGUUGGGAUUGGGAUGCCAAAGGGGGCAAGUGUAAAUGGAUAG